AUGUCGCAAGCAGCCCCCGCCGGGGCUCAAAAGGCAGAUGUUAUCGGAGACAUGUGGUGUGGGUACCGUGGCGAAGACUGGUACUACCCUCGCAUUGGAGGGACUGCCGGCCUGAGCUCCAAAGAGUUCGUGACCAGCCAGCGCGAGGCCCCCCGUGACCUGGCAGGCGUGCUGGACGAGAGCUCCCAGACCCUGUUCCUCACGGAGCUGUGGCGUGGGCUGGCCAUGACCCUCAAGGUCUUCUUCGAGCCCAAGGUGACCAUCAACUACCCCUUCGAGAAGACGACCAUCAGCCCCCGCUUCCGCGGCGAGCACGCGCUGCGCCGCUACCCCACCGGCGAGGAGCGCUGCAUCGCCUGCAAGCUGUGCGAGGCCAUCUGCCCCGCCCAGGCCAUCACCAUCGAGACGGAGGAGCGGGAGGACGGCUCUCGCCGGACCACGCGCUACGACAUCGACAUGACCAAGUGUAUCUACUGCGGCUUCUGCCAGGAGGCGUGCCCCGUGGACGCCAUCGUGGAGGGGCCCAACUUUGAGUACACCACCGAGAGCCACGAGGAGUUGCUGUACGAUAAGCAGAAGCUGCUGGCCAACGGCGACCGCUGGGAGGUGGAGAUCGCCAACAACCUUCGCAGCGAGAGCCAGUAUCGCUGA